CUUUGUUGUCCACGACAACAACUUAAAUAGGAUUUAUUUCAUCCUCUUCUAAUUUAUUUAGAAGGUUCUACUAUCCUGUACAACUUUUCAAAGUUCUAGCUUUUUGUAACAUCCAUUGACAAUACGACAUCAAGAUGGUUCACGUAGUCUUUGUUGGUGGGGGAGGAAAUGUCGGCCGUGAUAUCGUCGACGAAAUCGUCAAGCAAGGCGAGCAUCAAGUAACAGUCUUCUCACGCAAGACAAUCCCCGACCUCACAGAAUCCGGCGUCAAUGUCGUCACCAUCAAGAACUACUCAGACCAGGACGAACUCACCUCCGCUCUGCGCGGCGUCCACACGGUCCUCUCGUUUAUUUCCUGGGAUCCCGGCAAUGUUGCGCAAAAGAGUCUUAUCGGGGCCUGCAUUGCGGCGGGAGUGAAGCGCUUUGCGCCCACACAAUGGGGGAUUCGCAGCAAAUCCGGGUUUCCGGGGUACGCGCCGAAGGACGAGGUACAUGAGUAUCUGCAGCAGCUGAACGCUGAUGGGCCGGUGUUGGAGUACUGUCUGUUCCAGCCUGGCGUUUUUAUGAAUUACCUUGCCCAUCCGUUGCAGACGGCCAAGCACCUGUAUAUCUCAGGGACGCAUAUUGACGUUGUCAAGAAACAUGUGCUUAUAGUUGAAGACGGCGAGGCGUGGUACACGUACACCACAAUUCAGGAUACGGCCAAAGUCGUGGCGAGAGCGUUGAGCUACCCCGGAAAAUGGCCAGAGACAGGAGGGUUUUAUGGGGGCAGAGCUAGGGAGAAAGACGUGGUUAAGCUGGUAGAGGAAAUCAAAGGCGAGCCGUUUGAGCGACAUGUGCUGCGCAUCGCAGACCUGGAGAAGGGCGAGUUCAACUCUAGCUGGAUCCCUGUCAACGACCAUCCUAACAUGCCGCCUGAAUUCAAAGGAGAAGGGAUUAUGCGGCAAAUAUUGCCUGCGUUCCUCCUCGCGGCGCACCGAGGCGCGGCGGACGUCGACCCAGUUUGGAAUUCUCUGCUGCCAGAUUUGCAGCUGGAAGAUGUCGAGACGUUUCUACGUCGUGUCUUGAAGUAGUGAUAGUGAUAGCCCAUAAAUAUCCGAUUUUUCAAUAUUAAUACUAUUGCAGAGUGUUGUUGCGGGCAAAUCAGAAUAAUCAGAAUAAAUCAGAAUAAAUAAGAAUCAAUAAUAGUGUUGUAGUAAAUAGGCGGUGAGCACGCGAGCUAGUGGAGUAGUGAGUGGAGAAGUCCGUGAGAAGUGAGAGCGCCAAGAUUUCGUGCCCACACCC